AUGCUGAAGAAGAGCUCUGGGCUGCGGCUUGACGACGGAGAGUGUCUCCUGGAUGUGCGCUGCGUGGACGGGGAGCAGGCGGCAGACGGCAGCUACGGCAGCCUACAGAACGCAGCCUACAUCCCCCGUCGAUACUUUUCAGCCUCGGCCAAUAAUGAGGUCUCAGAGGAUGAUGCUGAUGAGGAGGAGGAGGAGGAGGAGGAAGAACCCAUCCGUGUUCCUAGCGAUAGGAAGAUUCCCCAGCAGCCACCACUAAGCCCGGGAAAUUACUUCAAGGAUGGACGCACCAAAAUAGACUUUGUGCUAGUGUGGGAGGUCCGUCAUCGGAAGAAGCGGCGUUCCAAGCGCAAGGCCGACGGCGAGGAGCCGGCGCCCAGUCAGAAGACCACCAGCUCGCAGCAACGCAAGGAACUGUUGGCCCAGUGGAGGGAGAGAUUCGUCCAGAAUCUGCAGACUGCAGGCUUGCUCCUGGAGAAGGAGGAAACAGCCAACGAGAAGAAAACAAUUAAUUUCCUGAAGCUGAGCGCGCCCUGGGAGGUGCUGGUCCACCACGCGGAGGAGAUGUGCAUCAGAGCGCCACUGCAGGUGCAACCGAGCCCAGACUUUAACACGUCCGCUCGGAUAAUGAAGAGGCUGUGCAUACCUAAUGUGUUUGCAGAGUACGUGCCAAGACGCCCGCUAGACUACUACACGUGUAACUUCCGCAAGUCGAAAAUGGACAGGUUCCUCGGCUGUAACAACCAUGAAACAUAUUUCUCAAGCACACAGAGGCACCGCAUUGUGUAUGAGAUCCUGGCGAAGACAGCCUAUGGCAAGAGGAGGAGGGCGGAGGUGGGCGUGGCCAGGCUACUGACCGAAGGGGCGUACUCUGCUGCCUUCCCCCUGCAUGAGGGCAAAUACCAGCUCCCUACAUCGGAGGUUAGUCCCGAUGAGCUGAACAAAAGGCAGGUUCUGUUCCAGUAUUGGGCUCGAUGGUCCAAAUGGUACAAAUAUCAGCCUCUGGACCACAUCCGGGAGUACUUUGGAGAAAAGAUCGCCAUCUACUUUGCUUGGCUGGGGUUCUACACAGCCUGGCUCCUGCCAGCUGCCCUGGUGGGACUGCUUGUCUUUCUGUCAGGAGUUCUGUCCCUGGCCAGCAAUGAGCCAGCGCAGGAGAUCUGCACCAGUGGAGCCAGCUACCUCAUGUGUCCUCUCUGCAACACCUGCAAGGCCUGGAACAUGUCCGACAUCUGCCCCAUGGCCAAGUUGGGCUACCUGUUUGACCAUCCAGGCACAGUGUUCUUCAGUGUGUUCAUGUCCUUCUGGGCUGUCACCUUCUUGGAGUUCUGGAAACGCAAGAUGGCCACCCUGGCCCACCACUGGGACUGCAUGGACUUCCACGAAGAAGAGGAACGCCCUCGCCCAGAGUUCGUCGCCAUGGCGCCCGCCCGGGAGUACAACCCGGUGACGGGGGUGAAGGAACCGUACUUCCCCAAGAAAGACCGUCUGACCCGCAUGUUCACCGCGUCCAUGGUCAUCAUCAUCAUGCUGUGUGUGGUGGUGAUAUUCCUGGUGACCGUCAUCAUGUACCGCGGCAUCAUCAGCGUGAUGAUGUUCCACACGGGGAACCCCGUACUGCGCACUCAGGCCGGGAACAUCGCCACCAUCUCGGGCAGUCUGGUGAACCUGGGGCUCAUCCUGCUCAUGGGUCAGGUGUACACCGCGCUCGCAGAGCAGCUCACCAAAUGGGAGAUGCACCGGACACAAACCGAGUAUGAGGACGCUUUCACCUUCAAGGUGUUUGUCUUCCAGUUUGUCAACUUCUACUCUUCUCCGUUCUACGUCGCCUUCUUCAAAGGGAGAUAUGUAGGUUACCCUAGCAACUACGGAACCUUGUUGGGAAUGAGAAAUGAAGACUGUGGCCCCGGGGGCUGCCUUAUAGAGUUAGCUGAACAACUCUUCAUCAUCAUGGUGGGAAAGCAACUCAUUGGGAACGUUCAGGAGUUUGUCAUCCCUAAGGUGAAGUCCUGGCAGCAGAAACGCUCCCUGGAUAAAGUGAGGGGGGGCUGUGAUCUUCAUCGCUGGGAGGAAGACUACCGUUUGGUGGAAGAGGAAGGCCUGUUCGAUGAGUACCUGGAGAUGGUGCUGCAGUUUGGCUUCAUCACCAUCUUCGUGGCGGCCUUCCCCCUGGCGCCCCUCUUCGCUCUGCUCAACAACUGGGCCGAGGUCCGCCUGGACGCCCACAAGUUUGUGUGUGAGUACCGCCGGCCGGUGGCCCAGCGUGCGCAGAACAUCGGCGCCUGGUUCAACAUCCUGGAGGCCCUGUCGCACCUCUCCGUCAUCGCCAACGCAUUCCUGAUUGCCUUCACGUCAGACUUCUUAUCUCGCCUGCUGUAUCAGUACAAGUUUGAAAAGGAGGAUCUCAGUGGCUUCGUGAACUUCACCCUGGCCUACGCCCCGCUCAACUACACCCAGUACCCAAUGUGCAGAUAUAAGGCCUUCAGAGACGACAAUGGGAACUACACAUUGGUCUACUGGGAGCUCCUCGCAGUCAGAUUCAGUUUCAUCAUUGCUUUUGAGCAUGUAGUGUUCUUUGUGUUGCGGGCGAUCGACUGGAUCGUCCCGGACGUCCCUGAGUCCCUGCUGGUGCAGAUCAAGAGGGAGCGCUACCUGGCCAAGCAGGCCUUAGCCGAGCACCAGGACAUCCUGCUGGGAGCGGGGGUCCGGAAGACCUCCCCUCACCACCCCCACACCAGCUCCUCCAGCCCCCAGCCCAGCAGGAGACGGACGCGGCCCUCACAGGACACCCCACACCGCAAGGCGUCCCCUGGCUCUGUGGGCUAACCCUGCACUGGGAGGAGUGGGGAGGAGGUAGGGCAUCGCUGGCCUGGAGGGGCAGAGAGCCAUCUGCCAACCUGCCUGCCUACCCUAAAGUGCUGUCUCCUUUGUAAGGUCCUUGAAUCUGUCUCAAUCGAUAGGUCUUUAAAUUCUGUCUUUAUCGAUUGGUCCUUCAAUUAUGUGUCCAAAGAUAGGUCCUUGAAAUCUGUCUCUGAAGAUAGGUCCUUGCAUUAUGUCUCAGAAGAUAGGUCCUUGAAAUCUGCCUCCACAGAUAGGUCCUUGAAAUCUGUCCCCACAGAUAGUUCCUUAUAUUCUGUCUCUGAAGAUAGGUCCUUGAAUUAUGUCUACACAGAUAGGUCCUUGAAUAAUGGCUCCAAAGAUAGGUCCUUGAAUUCCGUCUCCAAAGAUAAGUCCUUGAAAUCUUUCUCCACAGAUAGGUCAUUGAAUGCUGUUUCUAUCGAUAUGUCCUCGAAUGCUGUCUCAAUCCAUUGACAGAUCCUUGAAUUCUGGCUCCAUACAUAAGUCCUUGAAUCCUGUCUUAAUUGAUCAAUCUGGGAAUUACAUCUCCUUAGAUAAGUCUACGGAGGCUGUAUCCAUAGAUAGGUCCUUGAAUGUUGUCUCCAGCCUUUGAUGAGUCCUUGAAUGCUGUAUCCGUAGAUAGGUUCUUGAAUGUCGUCUGCGUAGAUAGGUCCUAUCUCGUCAUUGCUCGCCAUAACCUGCUGGCGAAGAUAACUUUAUUUUCUUGCAGGAUCUUGCAACAACGCCUAAUUUACAAUCAAAGCACAUGUUAUUGCUAGCACACUGACCGAAUACAGAUGGCUGCCUAUGGAUGAGCUUCAACACACGACAGAGGACUAAUAAAGUGUAGCGAGACUGUUUGGUGCUGUUCCCGAGUGUUCAAAAACGUUUCACAUCAACUUCACCGUUACACAGCAUUAUGCAAUGUCGAUACUUUUUGAGAGAUUUGUCAUACAUUGUUUGAAAGAGGCAAUUCUUUGUUUUUAUCUGCUAUAUAUGUGAUCUUAUAACAUCAACUGAAAUCUACAGUUUUCUUUCAUUUCCGAAAGCUUUUGUCUGAAUAAAAUCUAAUUUUGAUGA